UACAUGCGAGUAUUGCAAACGAGGAGCAUGCGCCUGAUAUAAAUCUACCAACUUUGAAUCAUUUAAAAACUGUUAGUAGUACUGCUAAAGCCAUGGAACAAAGGAGCGAAGAAAAACAAACGGAAAACAAAACCAAACUGCGUUUUAGGAGACCAAAAAAUCAACAAAAAUGUGGCAGCUGUCCCGAACGUCAUUCCAAUGUAAAAAGUUCGGUUUAUGUUCAAGACUCCGAUUCGACAGAGGUGGAUUCGUCUACAGACGAGGAAGAACGUUGGAAGGAUGUGGCACGGACAGCAGAAGUGCCAGCUGAUUACUAUAACAUACAAAAGUUGGUCAAGUACAUUAAGGCUGGUAACCAGACGGCUACAAUUGUGUCGCUAUGUUGUCUGCAGGAUUAUGAUUUGACAACACAAAUAAAUCAAUUUGCCAUACAGGAUAUUGGGGGACUGGAGGUGUUAGUGAAUAUUUUGGAAUGUAAUGAUGCGAAAUGUAGAUUGGGAGCUUUAACUGUAAUGGCUGAUAUAUCCUUGAAUAUUGAUAUACGUAAAACUAUAGUGGAUUUGGAUGGUAUUCCUUUAAUAAUUGACAUUUUGAACUCUUCGAUGAAGGAUCUGAAAACUGUGGCCGCCGAGACUUUGGCUAAUGUUGCAAAAGUUCGAUUGGCUCGGAAAUAUGUACGCACUUGUGGUGGUAUUCCAAAGCUAGUAGAUUUGUUGGAUGUUAAAUUGCACAUUUUACAAACUCCAAGAGAAGAUUUGACAAAUGAAGAAUUAGAACAACUAAAUAUGGCUCGAGCUGGAGCUAAAGCUUUAUGGUCUCUAUCGGACUCUAGACAUAAUAAGGAGUUGAUGCGUAAAAGUGGCAUUGUGCCACUUAUGGCACGUUUAUUGAAAUCGUGUCACAUCGAUGUGGUUAUACCCAUAAUGGGAACUAUACAGAAAUGUGCCUCACAGCCAAAGUUCCAAUUGGCUAUUACCACUGAAGGCAUGAUAGCCGAUAUUGUUAAUCAUUUGAGUUCGAGUAAUUUGGAUUUGAAAAUGGAAGGCAGUACUGCUUUAUAUAAAUGUGCUUUUGAUCAGGUUACCAGGGAUUUGGUAAGGGAAGCUGGUGGUUUAGAACCUUUGGUGGCCAUCAUUAAGGACAAAACUGUACGCGAUAAUAAACCUUUGUUGAUUGGAGCCACCGGUGCCAUUUGGAUGUGCGCUAUAUCCGAAGAUAAUGUCAAGAAAUUUGAUCAAUUGCGCACGGUUAAUCAUUUGAUUUCGCUACUCAACGAUGAAUCCGAUACUGUUUUAACCAAUGUGGCUGGAGCUAUAGCUGAGUGUGUUAGAUUUCAAAAUAAUCGUGAUGUUUUACGCAAUUCCAGUGGUUUACCGGCACUGGUUUCCUUAUUGAAUUCCUCGCAUGCCCCCUUAUUGGAAAAUCUAGCUAAAGCUUUAAAAGAAUGUGCCGAAGAUAUGGAAAGUAUGCAUAUACUAGAAGAGUUGGAUGCUGUGCGUUUAAUAUGGUCAUUGCUUAAGAAUCCCAAUACACGUGUGCAGGCUUAUGCCGCCUAUGCUAUAUGUCCUUGUGUGCAGAAUGCCAACGAAUCUGGAGAAUUAGUGCGCAGUUUAGUGGGCGCCAUGGAAUUGGUAGUUGGUCUAUUGAAAUCAAAGGAUAUUUUAGUUUUGUCAGCAGUUUGUGCUGCUAUUGCUACUAUAGCCAAAGAUAGCACAAAUUUAGCUAUUUUAACAGAUCUUAAAGUUAUUUACAAAUUAGCUGGACUGGUUAAUACCACGGAAGAUUUAUUACGUAAAAACCUGGCUGCAGCAAUUGCCAGUUGUGCUACAUUCGGUAAUAAUACUCAAGAAUUGGGUCGUUUGCGAACUGUUACACCCAUUGUGUCUUAUAUGACAAGUGAUGAUCCCGAAGUGCAUCGUACAACGGCCAUGGCAUUAGAAAAAUUAUCAAUGGAUCCACAAAAUUGCAUUACUAUGCAUCAGAGUGGCGUUGUUCCCUUUUUAUUGGAAUGUGUUGGUUCGACUAAUAAAGAGCUACAGUUGGCGGCAGCUGGUUGUUUGCGCAAUAUCCGGGAAUUGGCUCUAAGAGCGGAAGAGUACUUACUCAAAAUUGACGAAGAUUGA